AUGCAGAAUUUUACUGGAUCACAAAAUCCACUGGCCUCUAUGGCACAGAACUUCAAUGCUAUGAACUUGAAUUUCCCAAACGCCACGAACGGUGGCACCCCAUCUAAUACCACUACACCUGUUAAUACAAUGUCCAACGGUAUGCCUGGUAAUUCGUUUCCUGUCCCUCAAAUGAAUGAAUCUAACCCAGCCCCUCGAAACAGACCCAGUAUUCUACUGGAUAAGAUCGGCAUACAGAGAUCUAAUUCUCCAUUCUCUUCUUCGACAGAUUUGAAUAAGGCGAACCUUCAUAGAGAAUCCUCGUCAAUAUUAUUAGACAAUUGGAAUCUUUCUGAACCGAAACACAUGGGUCCUUCUCCUGUAUUAGCCGACCAACGACCACCACUUCAACAGGCGUCAUCGUUCCCAAAUGUUCCAACACAUUCUUUAGAUGCUCCUGUUAAUGGAUCUAAUCUAUUUGCACCUCCGGCACCUCCAGGUAUCGGUGAUCAAAGUUCAGCCACCUUGCCACCUAUUAAAUUGGAAUCUCAAUGGACAUACAUUGAUUCACAGGGGCAGCCUCAAGGUCCCUUCACGUCCACUUUAAUGACACAAUGGCUGCAAGCAGGUUAUUUUCAACCAAAUUUACAAAUCAAGAGAAUGCCUACCUCCAUGGAACCAUUCGGCAUCAAUGAUAGAUUUGUAACUUUGAAUGAAUUAAUUUCCAAAGUUAAUAAUUUCCAGGAUCCCUUCCAAACAUUUGAUUUGAUAGUACCUGUUAUGAAUGCUAAAUUUUUCCCAGCUCAACCUAUUCAAGCAACUGUUAAUAAACCUACUCCGGCUGCUACUAUGGGUGCCAAUGCUAAUGAACAAGCAAUCAAUGAGAAACUAAGCACUGGCGAUUAUACGUUAGAUGAAAUAUUAAAUAUGACAUUUAAAGAUGGUAGUUACUACAGAGAAGUCAUUGUUCAAUUACCAUUUAAUAGGAAGAUUGUAACCAAAUUAGAUGACGACUUUGAAAUUCCUCCCAAUAGCGCUUCAGAAUUUGUAAAUGAGAUUCGAUAUGAUGAUAUUGAAUAUAGAGUUCCUAUGAAGGAAGAACCUUUUGCAACUGCCGAGCCUGUGAUAAACACGCCAGAGAAGGAGGAUGUAAUUGAAGGACCUGUAGAUGAGGAAGCUCAAGAGGAACAACAAUUAAAGGAAAAGAAGGCUAAAAAGGCCGCCAAAAAGAAGGAAAAGGCUGAAGAACAAGAGAGAAAACGUUUGGAGAAGGCAGAACUAAUGGCUCAAAAGCUAUUAGAAGAGCAGGAAAGACAAGAGCAAGAAAAGAAAUUGAAAGAAGAAGCCAAAAAAUUAAAGAAACAAAGAAAAGAGGAGAAAAAAUUAAAGAAGGAAAAGCAUAAACUGGAGAAACAAAAGAAGAAAGAAGAAGCUGAAAAGGAAAAAGAAGAAGCUGCCAUUGAAAAUCCAGCACCUUGGGCAGAAAAGACUUCAGUUAAUGAAACUCAAAAAACCAUUCCAAUGGCAGAAAUUCUAAAACGUCACAAGGAACAAGAAGCAUUAGCUAAAAAGCAAAAGGAACAAAAGAGGCAAGAAGAUCUUUUAAAAUUAAGUGCCAAACUAAUGGAUGAAGAUAAGAAAGCUAAUGAACUGAAAUCUGUCCUAAGUUGGGCCAACAAGCCUGCCCCUGAACCAGUCCGAGUCAAUAUUCAACCACAAUUGAAAGAAAAAAAGCAAUCCAUUAAGAUGGACAAUAAUUCUUCAUUUGUUGCUGAACAGCAAAAAAUUUGGGAGCAAUUUCAAAAAACUCCAGCUACAGCUGUCAAGAACACUAUCAUUAACGAUAAUUCUUCUACAAAAGGUAAUGCCUGGACAACUGUUACUCCUAAGCCAGCGGCAAUAAAGGCUAAUGGGUUACCAUCUUUAAAUAAAGCAGUUAACCAACCUAGUGCUUAUGUUAGUCCUGAUAAAUUACGUAACAUUGCUUCGGGAAGACCUUCUAUGAGUAAACAGAUUGGGUCAUCAAUUAGCUUGCCAGGACUUAAGGCUAAAGUUACCACAAAGGCACCUGUCGCAUAUCCUGGUAAUGCAUCAGUUUCGACACGCCAAGAAUUCCUAAGGUGGGCAAGAACACAAUUAAAACUAAAUCCAGGUGUGUCUAUGAAUAGUGUCCUGGAAGUAUUAUUAAUGUUGCCCGCCAGUGCUUCUGCUAAAGAAAUUAUUGCCGAUACAAUAUAUGCCAAUAGUACAGUAAUGGACGGAAGAAGAUUUGCAACUGAUUUUAUCAAGAGACGAAUUGAAUGUGAGAAGCAAUUGACAGAUCCAUUGAGUUGGAAAGAAGCAUUGUCGCUGCCAGAAGGUAACGAUGACGAUUGGGAAUUUCAAGUUGUAAGUAAGAAAAAGGGUAAAAAAUACUGA